UCCAAACAAACUCCAACCAAAUAUCCACACAACAAAAAUAAAAUAAAAACAUAUAUAAAUCAUUUUCUCUAUCCACCUCUCCCCAUCUAAUCUCCAUUUUUCACUUUCCUCCAAAACCAAUUUCAAUUCCCAGAUGGCUACUGUUCUUGAAUCCCUUACUGUUCCUCGCUCCUCUGCUUUCCCCACCAAACCCUCCAUUUCUUCUUCUAUUCACCGGACCCCGGCUGUUAGGUUACCGGCGGCUAAGGGUCUUAAACUUAGCUUCACUGCUGCUUCUACUCGCUCUGUUCAAUUGGUAAAUCGGUCUCGUAGUGGAGCAAGAAUUGUUUGUGAGGCUCAAGAUACUGCCGUUGAAGUGCUUCCUGUUACUGACAAUACAUGGAAGUCGGUGGUUCUUGAAUCUGAUUCUGCUGUCCUUGUUGAAUUCUGGGCUCCAUGGUGUGGUCCUUGCCGUAUGAUCCACCCUGUAAUUGAUGCUAUUGCCAGAGAAUAUGUCGGAAAGCUCAAGUGUUACAAGCUUAAUACUGAUGAGAGUCCUGCAGUUGCCACUCAAUAUGGGAUCCGAAGCAUCCCAACUAUUAUGAUCUUCAAGGAUGGUGAGAAGAAAGAUUCAAUUAUUGGUGCAGUUCCGCAAGCCACUCUAACUGCUAGCAUAGACAAAUUCUUGUAAGUGUGCAUUGGUAAGUUAAGUGAGUAUUUGCUGAAGCUCGCCUCUUUGUAGAGGUGGCAUCUUUACCCUUUAGCUUUAAUUGCCCUCAGUUUAGAUGUUUCACUACCAUAAAUAAACAUGUAUGUGUAUCUGUAUAGCUGUUGGAUUCUGUUGUAUUUUCUUUUAUCCCUAGAUAACAUUAGCUA